AUGCAAAUCUACACCAUACCCUUAAUAUUGCUUGUCUCUGGUGUCACACAAUCAGCUAUUAUACCAUUUAGAGACUCUGUCGAGAUCGUAUUCACACCAGAGGAUAUCAAAAAAGGUUCUGAUUAUGUCUUGUGGAAAGUACCAACAGUUAAAAAUAACUUCAAGACAACUGUGAAGCAGAAGUUACUAAAUAGGUUGUUAUCCAAAGACCUUCAAGAGUUGCGUUUGAAUUCUCCGUUUAAUGAAGAAGACACACUCGUGUCGAAUAGCAAAGCUAGCGCGGAAGACACAAUAAAUGAGGUAAAGGCACUGGCUAACUUACCACUACAGAACAUUCUGCUCGAAGUGGAGAAGCCAAAAGGGUUAGUAAACUCAGUAUUGAAAGGGCCUUCGGCGACUGAGAAAACACAAGGGAAGGUUAGAUACAUUAAUGAAAAGAAAGAUAUAACCCAACAGACGGUGGGUUUUGAUAUCAUUAAGGCAAAGGAGAAAAUGGUUGGGCAAGUACAGAAAGAGGACCUUGGUGAACAUGUUGGGUAUCUGAAACCGAGCAACAUCAAAAACAGAAAACAUGAUUUUGAUAGGGUGGUGAAAAGUCCAAAUGGGGAAAACAAAGAGGAUAGUGACACUGAUUAUGAGUCCAAGUGA